AUGGAUCCACCACCUGUUCCUGCAGCAGAACACUCCGGAGCUCCAGUUGGUGGCUCAGGACAGAUGUCGAUGAUCCUUGUCAAGCGUGUCAACUCGGCUGGGACGAAGGCAGUCAGGUCUCUGAUACCGUCCUCUUUCUCAUCUCGUUUCCAUCCUUUGCUACCAGCAGAAGCUGAAAGCACCACUCGAUGGGUUUGA